AUGACAUUACAAUCAAAUAAAGAUGAUCUUGUUAUCACAGGUAUUUCAACAAAAUUUCCUGAACGUUAUUUAUCACAACAUAUAAAUGAUAAAUCAUCUAAUGAACAGAAUCAAUCUAGUGGAUGUUCCUUUGAUCCACAUUGUCCAGAAUGUAUUCGUGAAUUAUGGGGACCAUUAUUAUCACCAUUUGCUUAUUUAAUUAAACAAAAUGCUCAAUAUUUCAAUGAAAUUCUUAUGCGAAUAGGACAAUAUAAAAUAAAUACAACAUCAAAUUCAUCUUCAAAACAUUUACCAAAAUUUCCUAAACUUGAAUAUGAAGAUCAUAAAUUUUUAACAGGAAUUGGUCUUUGUGCUUUACAUAUAACAAAAGUUAGUUGGCUGAUAACUUGGACAUUUGGUUUCUUAUUAUUAAUAAUAGCUUUUAUUUUGAUUCUAUUACAUGAUUCAUAUCUUCCACCUCUUAUUGUUCUUUUAAGUAUGAAGGAAGCAACUCAAUGGGGAAUGAAAUUUACACUUCAACUAGUUUUUAUUAUUAUCUCACUGAUUGGAAUAGGUAAAAUGUUAGCAUCUGUGCUUGGUCUAUUUGGAACAAUUCAUCGAACAGUAAAACUUAUGAUAGGAACUGUAAUAUUUAUUAGUAUUCUUAUUUUAUUUGAAACUGGUUUAAUCGUUUAUGUAAUUAUCAGUUGGUCUGAACUUAUAUCAGAUGUUGAAGAUGCAUUAAAAAAUUCACUUUAUAAUUCUCAUCGUAGUACAAAUAAAGAUCAAAUAAUAAAUACUUGGGAUCGAAUAUUUCAAACUUAUGAAUGUUGUGGAUGGCUUAAUAGUAAUUUUACCGGGACCCUAUGGAAUAAUUCACACUCAUUUUUUUUACCAUAUUCUUGUUGUCGUCCAGGUGCAUCUCACCCUACUUGUGAAUUGGCUACUUCAGCUAAUCAAAAUUAUGCUGAUCAACCAUGUCAAGUUGCUAUUCAAGAAAAAUUAUUAACAAAUAUCAAUAAAUUAAUCGCACUUGCUAUUCUUGGAAUAAUUCUCACUGUUGAAAUUGUAUCUGCUAUUGUCACAUAUUUAUAUUCAUCAACAUUAAAAACUGCUCGUCGACGUCGUCGUUAUCAGAAUGAUAAAUUAAUAAAUAAAUUUAAAAAACGACUUGUUUCUUAUACUGAACAAGCAACUGAUACUACACCAACGAAUCCAAAUGAAAAUCUUCCACGACAAGAACAACAACCUGAAACAAAUGAUCUUCGUCAAUUAUAUAAUCAAUAUGCUGCAUUUCAUCAAACUCCGCCUGAUAUGAAUCCAAAUGCAAUGUCUAUAACACCAUCUGUUAUUCAAGUUAAAAGACCAGAUGUUUAUUCAUAUUUUUACUAUGAAUAA